AGGCAACUUAAAUAACGUAAACCAAAAAUUUCUCUUUUUCAAUCAUUAUAAUACAUAAAGUUUUAAAUAUAUUUUAUAGGACAAUUCAGUUAUUCUACAAUUAUUAAAUAUACAGUAAACAUUCAGUGUGUGAACAUUCUAAUUCUAACCUAAACUCGUGACAGCUGUGUGUUUACAUUUGUUACAAGAGAUAAAUACUCAGUUUUUGUUCAUUCAAACAAAUAAAACCCAGUGAAAUGUCGAUGAGACCAGACGACCACAGAAGAAAAUGGGACCGAGAGGAGUACGAACGACUGGCGGAAGAGAGGAAAAAAGAAGAAAAAGAGCGCCUGGAUGAGGCAGAAAACAAAAAAAAGGGGCCCCCUGUGAAGCGUGAGCUGCUAAAAACGCGCGACUAUAAGGUCGAUUUGGACUCGAAGCUCGGCAAAAGUAUCGUCAUCAACAAGAACACACCUACCUCACAAUCGGGCGGAUAUUAUUGCAAUGUUUGUGACUGUGUUGUUAAAGAUUCCAUCAAUUUCCUGGACCACAUCAACGGCAAGAAGCACCAGAGAAAUCUGGGUAUGUCGAUGAAAAUUGAGAGGAGCAAUUUGGAUGCUGUAAAACAAAGGUUCGAAAUGAACAAGAGGAAAAUGGAAGAGAAAAAGAAGGACUAUGACAUGGCAUCGAGGAUGCAGGAAAUCGCUGAGGAAGAGGAGAAACUGAGAGAGUACAGGAGGGAAAAGAGGAAAGAGAAACGGAAGAUUGAAGAAGUGUUAGAAGAUUCUGAGCCUGUGAAUGAAAUGGCUUCUAUUAUGGGAUUUUCAGGUUUCGGAUCAUCAAAGAAAAAGUGAUAUGUAUCUAACAUAUGGGGAUCAAUCAUUACAAAUGCUGUUGGUAUGGAGGCGUUCAAAUUUUGGUUGUCUAAGUGAAUUUGACAGAAGUCUAAUUGUUCAUUUAAAGGACGCAGUUUUUGAAAAUUAAAGUUCUCAGUUCAGUUCAAUUUGUGUUUCCUCUUACAUUUCAACAUGUAUUGGAAUGGUGUGGAGAGGUCAGCUUUGGAAUGUAGAAGACAAUGAGCUCGUCUUAAGUCUUUAAUGACUAAGAUCAUCUAAUUUUCAUUAGAGGAUACUUCAAAAUCCACUUUUUUAGUACGUAGUAUAAUGUCCGAUCUUAAAGUGGGAGCCUCACUUUGGAGUAUUUCUAAUAUUCCGAUUGAAUACCUGGAGAACAAGAUAAAUAAGACACUUCGAUAUUCAGUCUUCACUUCGGAGAUUUUGGUGGACUUCAUCGUCAAAUAGAAGUGGUAUGGAUUAAUGAACUUCAGGGAAAAGUUGAAGAAUGCCAAGACGACUCAAUGGGUGUCUUCACCAACUUGUCCAAAUAAUUAUUAGUUUUAGACAAAUUAUACUGAUAAAUAUAUUCAUUAUUAAUA